AUGACCAUAUUCUGCAGACCCGCACCUACGACCUCACCAUCACAGCCGGAGGAUGACCAUAUUCUGCAGACCCGCACGCACCUACGACCUCACCAUCAUGUGCGUUCACACGCCCUCUUUCACUGUUCCUACUCCAUCACAUACGACAAGUACUACCAGACCCCAAGAAUCUGGCUCUUCGGUUAUGAUGAGGAACGGCAGCCUCUGGCAGCAGAGAGGGUGUUUGAGGAUGUGAGCCAAGACCAUGUGAAGAAAACGGUUACCAUUGACGACCAUCCGCACCUUCCAGGAAAGUAUGCAUCGGUGCACCCGUGCAAGCAUGCAGCAGUGAUGAAGAAGAUAAUUGGAAUCAUGACAGCCAAUGGCGUGCAGCCACGUGUCGACCAGUACCUCUUCAUAUUCCUCAAGUUCAUCUCAUCUCUGGUGCCCACUAUCGAGUAUGACUACACCAUUGAUUUUGAUAUGGGCGGUACGCUAGGCGCACCCGAGGAAGACGGUGAGGAUAGUGAUGAUGAUGGGAACGAGAAGCCUAGCGGUAUUAGGAAAGAUGAUGCUGGUGGAAUAGAGGAAGGUGUGAAAGCAGCUACAAUCACGGAGGCUAGUGGUGGUAACGGGGAGGCAACGAACGCAUUUCCAACCUCUGAUUUGCUCCUCUCCGCCGCAUCCCACGCGACCAUCAUGUCGACAAUGAAGGAAAAGCUCGGCGACCUCGGCACGACGGCCAAGGAGAAGGCCAGCGAGGCCAAGGCGAAGGGCGGCGAGAUGCUGGGCAAGGGCAAGGCGGAGACGCAGGAGAGUGUCGACAAGGCGAGGCACCCGUUCAGCCACAGCGCGCACGAGGCGGCGGACGCGAAGGAAGCGGCUACGAAAACGAGCGCGGAGGUGGGGAAGGAGGAGAAGGUGGCGGGCGCGCAGAUGGGCGCGGCGGGGGAGAAGGAGGCGCGGCACCUGAAGCAUCAGACGGGGCUGUAG